GUCAUUUACGAGGACGAGCGAGAGGUUAGCGCGGCGGUGCCGUGACACCGGCCACCUUUGGGUGUUUCUUUAUUAUUCCAGGAGCAAGAGUUCACGAUCGCACGGACCUUUCUUUUUUGUGCACAUUUCUGCAAGCGGCAGUGUUCAGAGCAAGCGGCGCAUAGCACACACCGUGGUUAUGCGUGGUAUCAGAAAGGGUCAAUUUAUUUGCCUUUACCCCCUCUGCCUGCCGGAGUGAUUUCUACUCGUGAAGUUAGCUACAUGGCGUGUAUCCGGGGCUCUGCGUGAAUAUUCACACACAGGACUGACACUGUGUGUGUGUGUGUGUGUGUGGUGCGAAGCCUGCAUAAUAAAAAAAUCCACUGCCAGGGCAGGUUUUUAGCAGGCUAGGCUAGAGAGCUAGUUGCUGCUACUGUAGCCACAAGAUAGAGACAGACAGGCGAGUUACAGCAACCCGACACACACACACACACACACAUAUAUACUGCACACAGCGAGGAGCCCUUGGAGCAUGCUGCACACAAAUCCUAGUCCUUUAGUUUUUCGGCCUACAUUUGCAAAAAAAAAAGCACAUUUUCCAGAGAAGCAGUUCAUGUUUUAGAUUUUGCCUUGAGGGAAGCGAUUUCUGAGGUGAAGUGUGUCUGACGGGGCAGCUUUUAAUUGAAGUGAUUUAUUUUUUAUUUUUUUGGGGGAAGGCCCAGGAAGAUCUGCAGCAAGGAUUCAUUGGAGUUGGAACAAUGUCAUUUUAACUUUUGCAGUGUAAAAAGUCUCUUUUUUUUUUUUGUUGUUACAGGAUUUGAGUUUACCCGCCUCUCUUUUCUAGGCUGGCAUACAUCUUUUCUGACUUAAAUUUAUUGCACAUAUCAUAAGGAAGUUGCAUCCGGCUGACCCAGAAAACAUAAAUCAAUGCUUUUGUGAAAAUAGGACAGUUUUGACUUUUCAAUUGGGAGAUUGUUUGCUUUAAGAUAUUCAGCAACUGGAGGUCACAGCAAUUUUUUUUAUUUAUUUAUUUUUACUCACUACUGCAUCACCGGAUUUAACCAUCAAUUGAACCCUGGAGCUGCUUAUUACCCUCCAAAAAAACAAAAAAAAGACAGACUUGUUAAAUUGAGGGCAAUUUUUUUCCUUCCCCUCCUCCUCCUUCUCCUCCUUCCUCUUGUGCUCCUGGCUGCAUCAGGAGGUCUGGUAUAAAAAGCCAGUCAAGCCCACAGUGGCCACUUUACUGUCAGUCAGGGAGGUCAGACAGGAGGGAAGCUCAGGGUGCAAGGAGAAGAAGCCCGGCUGCAGUGUGUCGUGGUCGGUCGGCUGGGUCGCUGCUGCUACUGCUGCUGCUGCUGCUGGGAGACUUCCUGGGCUUCUCGUGCGGCUCUGAAGGAUGACCGCUGCACGGCUCGCUGCUGAAUCCCGGUGAACGAACGGCGUCUCAUGUCCAAACGGCGGAAGGAUGGCUCAUGGCAAAGUGACCAUCACGGUGGACGAGUACAGCUCCAACCCCACACAGGCCUUCACACACUACAACAUCAACCAGAGCCGCUUCCAACCUCCACACGUCCACAUGGUGGACCCUAUUCCUUACGACACUCCCAAGCCAGCAGGACACACCAGGUUCGUAUGUGUGUCAGACACACACUCGCGUACAGACGGCAUCCAGAUGCCCUACGGCGACGUGCUGCUGCACAUGGGUGACUUCACCGAGCUGGGCCUGCCCUCCGAGGUUAAGAAGUUCAACGACUGGCUAGGUGGCCUCCCGUACGAGUUUAAGGUGGUGAUCGCCGGGAACCAUGAGCUGACCUUUGAUAAAGACUUUAUGGCUGAGCUGGUCAAGCAGGAUUACUACCGAUUCCCCUCAGUCUCCAAACUCAAACCAGAGGACUUUGACAAUGUCCAGACGCUCCUCACAAACUGUGUGUACCUGCAGGACUCGGACGUCACCAUAAAGGGGUUCCGGAUAUACGGGGCGCCAUGGACUCCGUGGUUUAACGGCUGGGGGUUCAACCUGCCUCGGGGUCAGUCUCUGCUGGAUAAGUGGAACCUCGUCCCUGAAGGCAUUGACAUCCUGAUGACCCACGGACCUCCGCUCGGUUUCCGAGACUGGGUUCCUAAGGAGCUUCAGCGGGUCGGUUGUGUGGAGCUGCUCAACACGGUCCAGAAGAGGGUGCGACCCAAACUUCAUGCCUUCGGAGGCAUACACGAAGGCUAUGGGAUCAUGACGGACGGCUACACAACGUUCAUCAACGCGUCGACCUGCACCGUCAGCUUCCAGCCCACCAACCCCCCAAUUGUGUUCGACCUGCCAAACCCCUCCAGCUCCUGAGACCAGAGGACAAGGGGGGUCACGGGCAGGAUAAACUACUUUUUUUUUCUAUAAAUAUGUCAAGUAAAAAAAAAAAAAAAAUCUAAGUGUUUCUUUGCAAACUUUUGGUCUUCUCCAAGCUGUUGUUGCUAUUGAGAAGGUUUGGAGAUGUGGGGAGGGAAGGGGACUUUGUCUGGGAGGGUUAAAGGAGAAUACCGGUGUUUUAUGUUUUUUCUUAUUGUGCCACCAAUGCUGAUAUCCCCCUCAGAUUUUGGUUUUUCUACACACAUUCAGCAAAGUUGCAGAUAUCUGGGUGGGUUCAGUCUUUUUUUUUUCAGUCUUGUGAGAUGAUCCAUGAAGAAACUUUGUCUUUUAUCCUUAUGUCACCAUGAAGAGUUGAGCAUUUUUAUACACAUAUUUACAAUCUUGUCCUCUCCGGCCUUCCGUACCUUAGUACCAUCCCAUCUUGUUAAUUUGAGUGAUGCCGGUAUUCUCCUUUUCCAGAGGGAUUUUGUGGUUAUACAAUCUUGCUCUUGAUAAAUAUUGGUCAGAUCUGUAAGAUAAAUGAUGCUUUGUGAAUUUGUACAAUUUCUUUGUUUGGUUUGCAUUGGCCGGACAAUGGAUGCCAUUGUUGUAUCAUCUGAUAUUUUGUGUUUAGGUAUUUCUUUUUGUUGGUUUUCUUGUCAGUUCCUCUUUUCUUAUUGGCUGACAGGGAUGCUGCCUUAAACUAGCUUUAAUGUUCUCAGCUAGAGCCCCACUCUCUGCAAGCUCAGAGAAAAGUCCUUAUUUAUUACCCAUCAUCCCCGCAAAACAACACCUGACUAACGCAGGGACAGAAAGCUAUGAAAUUACAGCCCGAAAAACUUUGUAACAUCCCCUUAUGGGUUUCUGAUCUAAUUUGGAAAAUGUAUGUAUAAAAUAUAUAUAUAUAUAUAUAUUAUAUAUUCAUGUUGUAAAACAUCUGUACUAAAAGUUGUGUUUGACGAAAAAAAGAAAAUUUGGUGCUUUUUUUUUUUUUUUAUGCACCUGUAUGAUUGACAUGUUUCUUUAAUGCUCCCAUCAGACACUCUUCAUAGGUUUCUUUAAUAUUUUUUUGUGUCGAGUCUCCCAGUAGGGUAGACAUUCAUUUUGGAUGAGAGAGGAAAUUUUGUCUGUCACAAUCUAACAGGUGCUGAUUGUUCCUAACACACCUGCCUAAACAUGGUUAAUUUGUCCUUUUAAAGUGGAAAUCUGAUAGUAUUUGUGUUUUAUCGCUUUUUCUUUUUCUAAUUUUGCACUGUGUGUAAAUGCAAUCUUGCUAGCACAAAAAAAAUGUUGCCAAUAGUUGUCUCAACUUUGCCGCUGUAAAUGCUCUUUCAGUGCUCUGUUCCUCUCUCGCUCUUUCUUGGAUUGUAUCCCUCUUCAUGGAAAUGUUAGUUCUCUUUUUCAGUUCAUUGUGAUAUAUUUAGCUGCCUUUAUAUGCAAAUAAAAUUGCAAGAUUUUUACUUAUCGAA